UAAAUACAAAUUGCAAACCUGAAGUUUUGAAAGUCCUGUAUGAUGUAUGGUGAACUUUACAGUAAAUUAGAUGUUAGUAUUGCAUCUUGCAAGGAAAAGAAAUCGGAAUUUGAUAAUGGUUGUAAUAAUGAUUAGUGAAAUGUUGUUUCUGGAAUAAUUAUCAAAUGUACAAUUCGACUCAGUGCUCCAAUAGUACGCCGAUAGUUUAGUGACUAGCGAAACUCGGCAGCUUUUCAAAUGAGAGAUUUGGACUCCUGAAGAUAAGAUCACAUUUCAAACAUCUAAUUGUUUAAAGAAAAGAAAGCUAAUCAAACGCUUGUCAGGUUUUUAGAACACUGGGAGAAAUGACGUGUAGCAGUGUUGCCCGGGAUCACGUUUCAUUUUCAGUUUGUUAUCUGGCAUUGUAAUGUUCUGCCCUCUAAGUAUCAAGGAAGCAAUGAAAACAGCUUCAAUAUUGUAAACAAUGGGAUGUUGCGGGGACGCUUCUGGAUGGGCCAAAAUCGGUGUUCUUCUGUUGCUGUGCGCCACUGGUCUUCAAUUGGCAGGAUAUCUGACCAACAACUGGAUGACGUACAACACAGUCAAGGACACAUAUGACCUCCGCGUGGGACUUUGGUGGUUCACAAACUGCUCCGGUGGGGCUUCCUGUCACACCGAGAACACGCCCUCCCAGUACCUAUCGUUUGAUGUCACCCUAGUGAGGUCGUUUGAGGGAGCGGCGGGGGGUCUGAUGUUUAUAUGCCUCGUCGUCGGUGGAUUUUACGUGGCCACUGAGAGGUGCCGAACCAGGGCUGUGGCCGUGGCAUUACUGAUUCUGACACUGCUAGCAGCUGGUCUCGCCAUCGCUGGUAUUGUGUUGUGGAUUCUACAAGUACCGUCUCCUUACUACCCGGCUUGGUCCAUGGGCCUCGCUGCUCUCGCCUCCGCCCUCGUCUUAAUUACCUCGAUGUGUUUAAUUCCUGACAUCAAAGAGAACAAUUACGAACCUAAAUCGACGGUGCAUCCUGAUCACACCAACAAAUACAACCGCUUGGAGAAAUCCGAGAGCUUCCAGAGCAUCGACGGGGGUAUGACAAGACGGCCAUCUGACGUCAAGAUGACAUCACAUGGAGACGACUCACGUGACUACAAGAAGACCGGUGAUCUCGGCAGAGAGUAUGGACGGCGAAGCAGGCGCGAGAGUGCAAAUACCCGCGACUUCAAUACUUACCCCUACGGACCAAGGUCCACAAAGGAUCCUUUCAACAACAAUGGAUAUGACAGAUUUGAACUGGAAGUCAUCACCCCGUCUGCCCCACCAAGAUACGAUUUUAUGCAAAGAAAAUUUUGAGCGUUCUGUGUAUUACGGGAGAGAUUGUUGCAUAUAUGUAUAUGGUGAAUGAUUUUAAAUGAAUUAUGGCAGUCAUAUAGAAGUCUGGAAGUAUAAAUGUCCGACUGUCUCUUCGGUUUAGAACCAGCCUAAAAUGAAAGAUGAAAGAACAGCUAUGGUCAUUUUACCCGAAAAAUAUUCAAAAUCUCCCCCAAUAUUUUUUUUCAUUUGGCAAGCGUGAAAGUGUAACCCACACUAAAAAAAACAUUACCGCUUACUUUUAAAUUGCAAUAUUCGUAAACGUGAUAUUGUCUUCCCAGAUUCCCCUAAAGACAUAAUAUUGCCUUCCCAGAUUCCUCUACAGACAUGAUAUUGCCACCCCAGAUUCCUCUACAGACAUGAUAUUGCCACCCCAGAUUCCUCUACAGACAUACUAUUGCCUCCCCAGACUGCUCUACAGACAUAAUAUUGCCUCCCCAGACGGCUCUACAGACAUAAUAUUGCCUCCCCAGACGGCUCUACAGACAUAAUAUUGCCUCCCUAGAUGGCUCUACAGACAUAAUAUUGCCUCCCCAGAUUCCUCUGCGGUUUGCCUCAUCUCCAUACUGAUACAAGUACCCCAACAAAAGUACAACUGAGACACACGUAAUAUUAAUUGUCUCCCCCCGAUUGUGGCAAGCUAGAAAAAAUGCUUAUCUUUUCUUUAAAAAAAAUGAUAAAAGAAUAUAUCAAUGCUGAAAACAAUCUUUCAGAUUUCAAGACUUGAAUAUCGAGAACAUUUCCGAUUUGGGUUACUUUACGGUACCGAAUCAGGCAAGUAUAAAGAGGGUGAAACUGAGGAUCAGAGAGACCCCACCCCCGUUUUUAGAUUACCAAACCAAAAAUGUAUACGUAAUUGGCAAUAUUUAUGCAGUUUCAGUUAUUAAAUACCAAAUGUUAGUCCCUGGAAAAAGUUGGACCCUCCCUCUUGAAAAAAAAACCCACAUGGGAUGGAAACUCCCUCCUAGGAAAUAUUUCUGAAUCCGCGCAUAGUAAAUGCUUUACCGGUAUUUUUCCCAGCAGUUUACGGUUUUAUCAAUGUGUCCAACAGGUCUGAAUAAUUCCAAAGUAUCAAUAUUUAUUUCAUAUUACAAAGUUUGUUAUAUUUUCCAUGCAAGCAUUUGCAACAAUAUACCAUAUUGAAAUUGCUAAAAUAUUUAUAUGCACACAUAUGUUAAUAUUUUCUUUACCAACAAUUCGUUAUGAUUUUUCAUAAAACUAUCCCCAGGGCACUGUUGUAUGUUCUGUAGAAGAACCCAUAAGGUUUAAGAUCACGUAUCUCAUAUAUUUAUGUCACCCAUUGCUAUGUAUGUUUUUGUGCAUCGUUUGUCAUUUUUCGUUCGUCGUCCAUCUUGAGUCCUUGAACGUAAACUUUUUUAACAUUUUCAGGGAGUGGCCAAACCAUUAAAAUUAAAUAACCUUCACAAA